AUGUUGCCGUCCUUCACGCGGAAGCCGGUGGAUCACCCGCUCGGGUUUCUCGUGGCGAUCUCCGGCCUACUCAUGCAACUCAUGUCGUACGGCAUCGACAACAGCUACUCCAUCUUCUCCGAGGACAUGCACAAGGACCCCUCGCUCGGCUACCCCUCCAUCACCACCAUCAGCCUCGGCAACUCCGUCUCGCUCGGCCUCUCGCCGCUCUUCGGGGUGCUCUGCGGGUUUCUGGUGGACCGCGUGCCGCCGCGCCUCAUGAUGGCCGUCUCCACCGGGAUGCUCUUCUUUGGGCUCUGGAUGAGCUCCAGCUUCGCCAGCAACGUCACCGCGGUGACCUUCGCCUACUGCCUGCUGGCGUCCAUCUCCUCCGCCUGCAUGCUCUCGCCGGGCGCCGCCGCCACCAGCUCGUGGUUCAGGCGCUACCAGGGGCUCGCGAUGGGCAUCAACUUCGCCGGCGGCGGCGUCGGCAGUGCCAUCAUCCCCUCCUUCGCCGGCAAGUGGGUCGUGAUGUACGGCUGGCGCAAGACGUUCCGCCUUAUGUCGGCCUUCUGCGCCAUCGGCGUCGUGGCGACGCUGCUCUCUGCCCGCCGCGACUCCAGCGGUGACGUCGCGGAGGCGGAGGCGGAGGCGGAGGCGGAGGCGGCGGCGGCCCACGACGACAACGAGCCGCAGCACGCGGAGGAGGAGCAGCGGCAGCAGUCGCAAGAGGGAGAGGCGGCGGUGCACAACCCCCCCGUGGGCGACAACCCCGGCGACAUCGAGGCGGCCUCCGCGCGCCGCAGCCUGCACACACACAAGCUGACGCCGUGGGAGCUCUUUCUCAGCGUCUUCUCGCGGGCCUUCAUGGGCAACUUCUUUUGCUGGCUCAUCUUCAGCUGGGCCUUCUACUCGCUGAUCUACGUGGCCGUGCCGUACGUGUCGUCGAUGGGCAAGGUCGGCACCGUCUACGCGACGGAGAAGCCGAUCCCCACCGACGUUGCCUCCACCCUCUUCACCUUCUACGGCGUGUUUCAAAUCGUCGGCUCCGUCCUCGUCGGCUGGCUUGCGACCAGCACGACGAACGAGUUUGCCUACGUCACGUGCGCCACCGUGGGGGGCGUGUUCUGCGGUUUUCUGGCCUUCUGCCGCAGCUACGUCGCCU